AUGGCUCGGCCUGAAGACUCCACAACAAUGGCCCAGCAACUCGAUGGCGAUCGCUCCUCCGAUCUAAGUGACAAGGAGCAGGAGCCGAAGCUCAAGGACUAUGAUGUUGAAUCUGGUCAAGGCCGUCGCCAUUCCCACCAUCAUGUCACUGCGCUGGAUUCCUCCUCCACGACCGAGAGUGUUGGUCGUCAAAUUGAAAUGGAGGCUGAGAAUACCAUUAAAUAUCGCACUUGCAGCUGGCAAAAGACCGCCGCUUUACUCUUCUCCGAGUACAUCUGUCUGGCUAUCAUGUCCUUCCCUUGGUCGUACUCCGUUCUCGGUCUCGUCCCCGGCUUGAUAUUGACGGUUGUUAUUGCGGGUAUAGUUUUAUAUACCUCAUUGAUUGUUUGGAGAUUCUGUCUGCGACACCCUGAAAUUCGCGAUGUCUGCGACAUCGGUCAAUAUUUAUUCUGGGACUCCAAGGUCGCCUGGUGGGCUACGGCUGUCAUGUUCCUUCUAAACAACACUUUCAUCCAGGGUCUGCACUGCGUCUCUGCACGGUCGUCUUUUUCUCUAAUUGUCGCAAUCGCCUCGUUCUUCUGUUCUUUGCCCCGAACAUUCGGCACUCUCGCCCACAUCGCCACAGUUUCCGCCUUCUUCACCUUCGUCUCCGUUCUUUUGGCGACCAUCUUCGUCGGUAUUGAGGGCCACCCCGCCAACUACCCGAUAGCAGGCGAACCGCUUGUCUCUGCCCUCCCUCCCAAGGGCACAACAUUUGUCCAAGGCAUGAACGCCUUCUUGAACAUUAGUUAUACAUUCAUCGGACAAAUCACUCUCCCCAGCUUCAUCGCCGAAAUGAAAGAACCCCGCGACUUUUGGAAGUCCGUCACGGCCGUGACAAUCGCCGAGAUCAUCGUCUUCAGUCUCGUUGGGUCAAUCAUCUACGCAUACACCGGCUCCCAAUCGGAUUAUAUGGUCGCGCCGGCCUUCGGCUCCAUCUCCAACGAAGUGUACAAAAAGGUUUCAUUUUCCUUCAUGAUCCCCACAAUCAUCUUCCUCGGCGUGCUAUACGCCUCCGUCUCCGCGCGCUUCAUCUUCUUCCGCCUGUUCGAGGGAACCCGUCACAAGAGCAGCAACACAGUCGUCGGGUGGGCUUCAUGGGCCGGUAUUCUAGCCGUGCUCUGGAUCGCAGCUUGGAUUGUCGCGGAAGUCAUCCCCUUCUUCUCGUCCCUCUUGUCGAUCAUGAGCUCCCUGUUCGAUUCCUUCUUCGGUUUUAUCUUCUGGGGCGUCGCGUAUAUUCGCAUGCGCAGUGCUGAUCAUGGUCCACGGUUCUUCAUGGAAAGGGGUAUUCGCGGCUGGUGCGGAUUCAUUUUCAAUGUCUUUUUGAUUUUCGUUGGUCUGUUCUUCUUGGGUCCUGGUACUUAUGCUUCUGUCAUGUCCGUGGUCACCCUGUACGAAACAGGUUCAGUUGGUGGUGUCUUCACCUGCGUCAGUAACGCCGUUUAA